GUUUGAGUAUUUGUUGUGAUUUGUGUCCAAAGUUUGGUCCAAACAAAGAGUGGAUUCAAGUAUUGAUUUAAUGCCGAAACGGAAGAAACUGUCGGGCGAUGAGGGAAGUGAUGGAAGCGAUGGCAAGAAGAGACGCAAACUUGACAUCUCGGAUCAAUUGCAAGAGAUCUAUGACUCGAUCCGCAAUCACAGGACACCCGACGGCCGGGUUUUGUGCGAGAACUUCAUCAGAGCUCCCAAACGAAGAAAUCUCGCCGAUUAUUAUGAUGUGGUCUCCACUCCAAUGGAUUUGCUUCGCGUCCAACAGAAGAUCAAAAUGGAUGAAUACGAAGAGGUGGAACAGUUGACGCAAGACAUUGAGCUGAUGGUCACUAACGCUAAGAGCUAUUAUAAGAAAGAGAGUCAGGAAUAUAUGGACGCCAUUGCCUUUUGGGAUCUGUAUCUGGAGGUGAGAAACGAUAUGAUAGGAGAGGUAUCCAAACAGGACUUCGAUGAGACCAGUAAUCAAAGUCACAACACUUUCGAUGCCAUCGACGCCAUCGACACACUGAGCAAUAGCGAGAGCGAUACCGCCAUCGACUACGACAGCCCUUACGAAGAGCUCUUCAGUGCUGUCAUGACUGCCAUCACAGAUGACGGCCGAACGCUGAGCACAAUGUUUGAGUUAUUGCCACAAAAGGCUAUAUAUCCUGAUUAUUACACGAUUGUUACGGAACCGAUCGAUUUGAAGACAAUUGGCACUAAAAUCCAAAACAACAGUUAUGUUUGUUUGAAUGAUUUGGAGAGAGAUUUGCUUCAAAUGGUGAGGAAUGCGAAGCUGUAUAACGAACCGGGAUCUCAGAUAUACAAAGACGCCAACGCUCUCCGCAAAGUUGUCAUCAAUAAGAAGAAUGACAUCGAACUCAAGAAAUGCCAACCAAUCAAAACAAGCGAACGGAUUCGCGCCAAACGCUCACUUCCGGUCGGCCAGAAGUGGUCGGCCAUUACGGCCGCCUUCAAACACGACAACGACGUGGACCUCGAGGCCAGUAUUCAGAGCACAAAUACGAGCACAUAUGGAGACGAGACCACUAACGAUGAUGUCGCCAACUUUUCCGACCCCGAAGACGCUGAGACCAAUCCUCAGUGGCAGCUCUUUGAGGCCAUUAGAACUCAAACCAAUGCAUCGGGAGUUGCGUUAUCCGAUCCUUUCAUGCGUCUGCCGUCGCGUCGCUUCUAUCCCGACUACUAUAAGGAGAUCAAACAUCCCAUCUCUUUGGCCAAAAUCAGAGCCAGAAUUAAGACCGGCGCUUACGAUAACAUAACUAAUUUGGUCGAAGAUCUAAGUCUCACAUUUGAGAACGCAAUGAAAUACAAUAGACCCGACUCUAAGAUUUUCAAGGACGCUUUGAAGCUUAAGAAAACUUUACAAUUGAAAGCACAGGAAAUACUGAAUAUCAGUAUAAAAGAAUCGGAUGAGAGCGACAGCGAUGACGAUAGUAAAGGCAGUUCCGCAACAAAACGCCAAAAACAUCGCACUUCUAAUGCAUUGUCUCAGGAGCUGAAGAUAGCCAGACGUUCACAGCUUGACGUCGACUCUCAACUCAAGAAACGGAUGCGAAUUCUCUAUAAGACAUUAAUUGAUUACACGGACGACACCUUACGUUCUCUAAUAUUGCUAUUUAUGGAGAAGCCCUCGAAAAAGGCUUAUCCCGACUAUUAUGAUGUGAUUGCAAAUCCAAUUGAUAUGAAAACUAUUGAGACAAACAUCAAAUGGGAAAGAUAUCAGAACGAAGACUCAUUGGUCGCUGAUUUUAAGCUAAUGUUCAGCAAUUGUAAGCAAUAUAAUGAAGACAACUCUCAGAUCUAUAAGGAUGCGGUCACUCUCGAGAAUGUUCUCAUGGAUAAGCUUAAAGAGUUGGAACCUUUUCAAGCAUUGAAACCUAAAAAGACUAAAGGGCGGGCGUCGACUGGUAUGCAGCAAAAAAUGCGAACACUUUAUAAUACAGUGAAGGAUUAUACGGAUGCGAAGGGACGACAACUUUCAGCAAUUUUUAUGAAACUUCCACUAAAAGCAGAAUUACCCGAAUAUUAUGAAGUGAUCAAAAAACCGGUCGGUUUGGAGAAGAUUGGCGUUCGUCUCAAGAAUGGUGUUUACGAAACGAUUGAAGAUCUCCUCUCGGAUCUCAUCUUAAUACAACGCUAUCAGAACGAAGACUCAUUGGUCGCUGAUUUUAAGCUAAUGUUCAGCAAUUGUAAGCAAUAUAAUGAAGACAACUCUCAGAUCUAUAAGGAUGCGGUUACUCUGGAGAAUGUUCUCACGGAUAAGCUUAAAGAGUUGGAACCUUUUCAAGCAUUGAAACCUAAAAAGACCAAAGGGCGGGCGUCGACUGGUAUGCAGCAAAAAAUGCGAACACUUUAUAACACAGUGAAGGAUUAUACGGAUGCGAAGGGACGACAACUUUCAGCAAUUUUUAUGAAACUUCCACUGAAAGCAGAAUUACCCGAAUAUUAUGAAGUGAUUAAAAAACCGGUCGGUUUGGAGAAGAUUGGCGUUCGUCUCAAGAAUGGUGUUUACGAAACGAUUGAAGAUCUCCUCUCGGAUCUCAUCUUAAUGUUAGACAACGCGUGCAAAUACAACGAACCCGACUCUCAGAUAUAUAAAGACGCGCUGACUCUUCAGCAAAUUGCACUCCAAACCAAAAUCGAUUUGAACGACGACUCCGGCACUGGAAUUCCAGACGUGAAGAUCAUUGUUCAGGAACUGCUAACCAAUCUCUUUAUUUCUGUGUACAACCAUCAGGACGAAGAGGGCCGCUGUUUCAGCGAUUCCAUCAUUGAAUUGUCAGAAACUGAUUCCAAAAGUAGCGAUCAGUCAGAAACCAAACCUCUGAAUAUGGAUAUAAUUAAACGAAAUUUGGAUAAAGGAAAGUAUAGAAGACUCGAUCGCUUCCAAAAGGAUAUGUUUGAAGUGAAUCUCAUCUGUCGUAUCGACCGGAUGUGGGUCGACAAAGACGGCAACUCGUUCUUUCACGGGCCGUGGUUUGUCCAGCAGCCAGAACUGCCGCCUCUGCUCUACAAAUCAUUCUAUUUGCAGGAAGUGUUCCUCAGCUCUAUUGAGGACACGAACCCACUGUUGAGUAUCUGCGAGCGCUGUGCUGUCAUUGAAUACAAGGAUUACAUUACUCGCAGACCAACUGAAAUACCAGAGAAAGACGUUUACGUCUGUGAGUCUCGAUAUUUGGAACACGAGAAGAAGUUCCAGAAAUUGGCCAAAGGUUUGCCAAAAUCGGUUUCGACGCGUCCGGGAGUAGUCGACGACGAGAUCUAUUACUUUAGAAAAGCAUUAGUUAUGCAAAAGAUCGAAACCGGGGUUUCGACGACCACUGCUGUCGCACGAAAAGGUCAAAACCCUUUCGACACUUCGUUAGCCACUAUAGAACGGGUUUCCACUGAAGUGGAGACCGAAGACAUUACGGACACAGCGAUAGUACCAGUUAUUGAGCACACGAUUCCAACACCUGUUACUUUAGUAAAGAAAAGAAUUCCUAAGCGUUUAGUCACCGGAUAUAUAGUGUUCGCGAGUGAAGUGAGGAAAUCUGUGGUUCAGGCGAACCCCGAGUGCUCUUUCGGAGACGUGAGUCGAAUAAUAGGCACCGAAUGGAAGAAUUUGCCGCCGACUCAGAAGUCAGAGUACGAACAGAAGGCUCAGCGACAGAACGAAGAGACGGCUCGAGAGCACUCACUCCGAGAACAGGAAAUGCCUCAAUCGCCCGCUUCGGCCAGUAGUUCAGUGAUUGAGAACGCCGUCUAUGAGUGCCAUUGGGAGAGCAAAUGCGACUUCCAGUUCGAAGAAGCUUCCGAUCUCUUGGAACAUCUCAUAUCCGAACCCAAUGGACACGUUUGGCAAUCGUAUGGAGAAAACAAAGACAAAGAGGGCACAGAAUUUCAGUGUCUUUUCCGCGGAUGCGGUCGUGUGAAGAAAGGCGCCGCACCGUUUCCAAGCUUUCAACGACUUGUGCGUCACUGCAAAGAGAUUCACGUCUCGAAACAAACGCCUAAAUCGAUUGCUCCCGAAAAUCGAAACAAAAAUUGCGUUCAAAGCCGUAGAACACAGGCCGUGUCAUCCGUGGCCUCUUCUGUAUUAAACGUCACCACAAUUGCAACACAACAGUCAGUACCACAACUCACGAUUAGCCAUAACAAACUGCAAUCGCAUUCAAGCCCUUCCCCCGCACUUAGUAUAGGCGACAAUAAAUCGACAAUUAGUUCAUUACAUCCCACACUCUCUCAAGCGAUCGGCACUAACCCUCAGUCGUCGCAUAUGCCUAUAUUGAGUCCAUUCUGGGCUUCAGGCACUGGAGUUCAGGUGAAACCGGUUGAGCCGAUUUUUGUGGCGACGCCUCCCAGAACUAACCGAUUGCUUCACACUCACACUUACAUGAAAUAUAUCGAGAAACUGAGUUCAGAGGGACGAGAGGGCAGAUCUAUAAGCAAUUGGGAGACACAGUUGACCGCCACUCAAGACAACACUCCGCCCCAAGAGGUGAACCGUUUGCCCGUCCAUUGGUUGGCCAAUGGGGCCGGAAAUCACGGCAAUGUUGUCAACGCGUUGUGGGCUCUCAGGAACUUCAUGUUUAAGGACGCCCUCAACCUCUCCGUCACUAAUAAUAAUUAACUUUUUAAUUCAAACAAUCAUUUUGUCGUCUAUUUAUUUUGAAUUACUUUUUUAAUCAAUAUUUAAACAUUAAUUUUAAUAAACAUUUGCAAAAAAUAGUGUGAAAUGAAAUCAAAA